AUGUUUGGCACCAAGGUUGCUGAAGUCAGGAGGAUGGCGCAGACCAAGGAUCAGAAGAUGGCUGCGGCGGCGGAAGCCGCCAGCAAGCGGUCGAAGGGCAAGAAGCCCAUGAAAGACCUCAAGAAAUAUGCCGUCAUCGCCGUGAGUGCCUUGGUUAUGCUGGGAGCCAUCUACCUGGCUGCCACAGACAAUGCCGGGGGAAAGAAGAAGAGCAGGGACACGUACCGCUCCAGGGCCUCGGCGCAGGUCAACGACCGCUACUUCGUCAGCGAUGUCACGUCCUAUGCGGCCGGAAACUUCACGGCUGCCGCAAGCCCCUUCUUCAACGGCUGGUCCUACGCGGACGUCUCCUACGGCCUGGACGGCGUGGGCAUCCGCGCCGAGGGCAUGAUCGGCUUCUCGGGGGCCCUGCAGCGCUGUCCGGACGAGGGCGAGGGCCUGGAGGGCGGCGCGGUACCCCCGAGCUAUGACCUGAGGGUGCAGAAGCCAGGCUGCGAAGCCGGCCCCGUGUACGAUCAGGGCAACUGCUCAUCCAGCUAUGCCAUCGCCGCGGCCACUGCGCUGUCAUCGCGAUUCUGCUUCAGCGAUCCAGAAGCCUAUGCCGAGACGCAUCUGUCCCCGCAGCAGAUCGUGUCCUGCGACAAGAAGAGUGCGGGCUGCAACGGCGGAGGCAUCGACGCCGUGUGGAGCUACAUCGAGCGAAGAGGCCUAUUCCCCGAGUCGUGCGUGCCGUUCGCUGGGGCCAAGUCGGCCGCUUGCAAGAGCGACUGCAACCAGGAGCAGAAGCGUAAAGCGCUGGACCACUGCCUCAUGGGCGGCGAGAAGCGGAUUAAGCGUGAGAUGUACAAUCGAGGCCCGGUAGUCAUCCCAGUCCUGCUCAAAGACGACUUCCUCGUCUACAAGAGCGGGGUCUACACGCCCACGGACAACGCCAAUCAGCAGUACGGGGCGAACGGUGAGCCUCUCGUCACGGCCGUGACCAUCAUGGGCUGGGGCCGAUCGGAGGGUACGCCCUACUGGCUCGUCAAGAACUCCUGGGGCACUCAGUGGGGUGAGGAGGGCUACGCGCGGAUCGCCAUCGGCACCGGCGCCGUCCGAGAGGAGUCGGCCAUCGUCGGCUAUGCCGCCACCCCGGAGGCCCUGGAAGAAGACGCGCGAAAGAAGGAGGCCGCUGAGAAGCGGCGGGAGGAGUUGAAGAAGGAGCGCGCAGAGCGCGACGCGCGAAUCCGAGAGCGAGAGGAGGCGCGCGCGGCCGAGGCGGCGGCGAAGGCUUCUUCGUCGGACGACGAGGACCUCGACUUUGAGGAUGAUGAGGAGGUCGACAUCGAUUCCGAGGAGUCCGGAGACGAUCCCUGA